UUGAAGAUUUUCUUAAAUUGAAAGUUAUAAAUGUUUUAUCACGGUGAUACCUACCAAAGGAGAGUACAAGAGAGAAAGUAUUCCAUUGAUAAAAUUAAGAGAAGCCCACAGCUUGAAUUAAUAGUAGAGAAGACUUACAAUAAAGACAAGCGCAGUAUUAGCAGUCAGGAACUUGACAUCUUAAAGAAGAACAAUAUGCUACCAACAAACUUCAACAUGAGUGAGGCCGUCCGCCUAUUUUCAACUUCAUCCAUAACUAUUCCUGGGAAUGAGAAUAAAAACAUCGAUUCAUACCUGAGAGAUGACUUAAGCCAAAGCAGUGAAAUGGAGACUCUCAAUAAUAUGAUUUUAUAUUCAAAAGUUUGUAAGCCAAAGUGCCUAAAAUCGAAGUUUAAGCAGACGGCAGAAAAAUUUAAAGCUAUAUAUUUCUAAAGUAAACCAUAAUUCUAUUUCAA